AUGAGGGGGGAUCUGGGCUUCUGGGGCCUGGAGACAUGCCAAGGUGCCAGGAGGGUCAGGGUGACCUGGACGUGGUGGCCCAGGAGGUCCAGGAGGGGUCAAGGUGACCUGGAUGUGGUGGCCCAAGAGGUCCAGGAGGGCUCCAGGUGGCCUGGACAUGGUGGCCCAGGAGGUCCAAGAGGGGUCCAGGUGGCCUGGAUGUGGUGGCCUGGACAUGGUGGCCCAGGGGUCCAAGGUGGCCUGGACAUGGUGGCCCAGGAGGUCCAGGAGGGCUCCAGGUGGCCUGGGCAUGGUGGCCUGGACAUGGUGGCCCAGGAGGUCCAGGAGGGCUCCAGAUGGCCUGGACGUGGUGGCCUGGACGUGGUGGCCCAGGGGUCCAAGGUGGCCUGGACAUGGUGGCCCAGGAGGUCCAGGAGGGCUCCAGGUGGCCUGGACAUGGUGGCCCAGGAGGGAUGGCAGGGUGGGGACACGGUGGUGGCUGUCCCCAGGUACCUGUACGGGAAGCGCCUGGAGGGGACAGCGUUUGUCCUCUUUGGGGUCAUGGUGGACGACGAGAAGAAGAGCAUCCCCCAGUCCCUGCAGCGCGUCCCGGUGCAGGACGGUGACGCCGAGGCCGUGCUGUCCAUGGCUCACCUGCGCGAGCGCUUCCCCAACCCCCAGGAGCUCGUGGGACACUCCCUCUAUGUCACUGUCACCGUCAUCACCGAGUCAGGCAGUGACAUGGUGGAGGCGCAGCACGGUGGCAUCCGGAUCGUCACGUCCCCCUACAGCAUCCACUUCACCCGCACCCCCAAGUACUUCAAGCCGGGGAUGCCCUUUGACCUCACGGUUUACGUCACCAACCCCGACCAGUCCCCGGCCCCGCGUGUCACCGUCCAGGCCGAUGGCUUCCAGGGCCAGGUGUCCACCCAGCGCGACGGCACGGCCAGGCUGGUCCUCAACAUGCCGGCCAACAAGGACAGCGUCCCCAUCACCGUGCGCACGGCCCAGGCGGGGCUGCCCCCGCAGCGCCAGGCCUCGCGGCAGAUGACGGCCCUGGCCUACCGCAGCCAGGCCGGCUCCGGAAACUUCCUGCACCUGGCGGUGGCCGGCACCGAGCUGCAGCCCGGGGACAACCUGGCCGUCAACUUCCACCUCAAGACCAACGACAACAACGUCCGCAACUCCGUCCCCUUCUUCACCUUCCUGGUCAUGAGCAAGGGCCGCAUCCUCCGAGCCGGCCGGCAGCGGCACGAGGCCGGCCAGAGCCUGGUGACCAUGACGCUGCCGGUGACGCCCGAGCUCAUCCCGUCCUUCCGCGUGGUGGCCUACUACCACGUGCUGCCCGGAGAGAUCGUGGCCGACUCCGUCUGGGUGGACGUCAAGGACACCUGCAUGGGCACCCUGGUGGUGAAGGGGGCGACGGAAGGUGACAACCGCGUCCACGAGCCGGGGACACCGAUGAGGCUGCGCAUCGAGGGCGACCACAAGGCCCACGUGGGGCUGGUGGCCGUGGACAAGGGCGUCUUCGUCCUCAGCAAGAAGAACAAGCUCACCCAGACCAGGGUGGGUGGCCCUUGUCCCAUGUCCCAGUUAAUACUGCUGCCUGUUGUCCCUGAGGGCCACCAGUGUGUCCAAUGUCCCAAAGGCCACCAGAGUGUCCCACACCCAAAGGUCCCGACCAGAGUGUCCCACAGCCCCAAGGGCCACCAGUGUCCCACACCCCGAGGUCCCCACUCCCAAGGGCCACCAGAGUGUCCCACACACCCGAGAGCCACCAGAGUGUCCUACACCCCCGAGGUCCCCACUCCCAAAGGCCACCAGAGUGUCCCACACCCUGAGGUCCCCACCAGUGUCCCACAGCCCCAAGAGCCACCAGCGUGUCCCACAGCCCCAAGGGCCACCAGUGUCCCACAGCCCCAAGGGCCACCAGUGUCCCACAGCCCCAAGGGCCACCAGUGUCCCACAGCCCGAGGUCCCCACCCCCGGGAGCCAGCGGGGCCGCUGCCAGCCGUGUCCCGGUGUCCGGCAGCGGCCGAGUACUCGGGGAAGCUGGAGCGGAAGUGCUGCGAGGACGGGAUGAAGGAGAACCCGAUGGGGCACGGCUGCGAGCGCAGGAGCCAGUACAUCCAGGAGGGCGAGUCCUGCGUCCGCGCCUUCCUCGACUGCUGCGCCUUCAUCCAGGCCAAGCGGGACCAGCAGAACGUGGCCCUCGGCACCGGGCUGGCCAGAAGCCAGGAGGAGGACGAUCUCUUCUCGCCGGACUCGGACAUCGUCUCGCGGACCCUCUUCCCCGAGAGCUGGCUGUGGCAGGUGGAGCAGCUGACGGAGCCACCCAACGACCUGGGGGUCUCGGCCAAGACGCUGCCCGUGUACCUGAAGGACUCCAUCACCACCUGGGAGGUGCUGGCCGUCAGCCUCUCCCCCUCCAAAGGUACAUGGAGGACCAGGGGGCUCCUGGGGAACGCCCCCAAACCUUGGGGGGGUCCUGUCCCCCGGCUGUCCCUCAGAGCGGUCAGGGACGGGUGUUUGGAACGAGCUGCUGGGCGCUGUGAAAACCCCAAUUCUGAGGUUUUUCUCCUCGUUUUCAUCCCUCAGGGAGGUUACCAAGGCGCCGAGCCCGAGGUGUCCCUCACCGCCUUCGUCCUCAUCGCCCUCAAGGAGGCACGGGACACCUGCAAGGACCACGUCAACAACUUGGACGACAGCAUCAACAAAGCUGCCAACUUCCUGGCCCGGCGCUACGAGCAGCUGGCCCGGCCGUACACGGUGGCCCUGGCGUCCUACGCGCUGGCCCUGGCCGGGAAGCUCAAGAGCGAGAAGGUCCUCAUGAAGUUCUCCAAAGGUGGGGCCAGCUGGGAGGAGCGCAACGCCCGCACCUACAACAUCGAGGGCACGUCCUACGCGCUGCUGGCCCUGGUGGAGAUGAGGAAGUCGGAGCUGGCGGGGCCGGUGGUCCGGUGGCUCGCCCAGCAGAACUACUACGGAGGGGGCUACGGCUCCACCCAGGCCACCAUCCUGGUGUUCCAAGCGCUGGCCCAGUACCAGGUGGCCACGGAGGCCCAGCAGCAGCUGGAGAUGGACGUGUCGGUGCUGCUGCCGCGCCGCGCCAACCCCGUCAAGUACCGCAUCGAGAACCGCAACGCGCUGGUGGCACGCUCCACCGAGACCAAGCUGAACGAGGAGUUCACGGUGAAGGCCGAGGGCGUGGGCAAGGGGACGAUGACCGUGGUGACCGUGUACCACGCCAAGGUCCCCGAGAAGGACAACAAAUGUGACAGCUUCGACCUGAGCGUGGACGUGGAGGACGUGGACACGGGCAAGGAAGAGGAGGAGAUCAUCAGGUCUGUCAAGAUCAGCAUCUGCACCAGGUACCUGGACACCGUGGAUGCCACCAUGUCCAUCCUGGACGUGUCCAUGCUCACGGGCUUCUCGCCGGACGUCCAGGACCUGAGGGUCGUCAUUUACCUGGACAAGGUGUCCCACAAGGCCCAGGAGUGUUUCGCCUUCAAGGCCCACCAGAGGUUCCAGGUGGGGCUGAUCCAGCCCGCGGCCGUCAGCGUCUACAGCUACUACAGGAUCGACGAUCGCUGCACCCGGUUCUACCACCCGGACAAGGAGGGAGGGAAACUGAGCAAGAUCUGCCAGGGGGAAGUUUGUCGCUGUGCCGAAGGUGACACUGGGGACACACAGGGGG